AUGUACCAACUAACAGUUGCACUGCUGCUCUUGGCCGUCGGCCUGCAAUUGGCGCAGUCACAACUGCCACCCAACGCAGCACUGCCAUCCCAAAAGGGUUUGGUACGUUUACUAUUCACCUCGCGAAUUACGGCGCUGAAUCCACAGGUGUCUGUCGCCUGUUUCACCGAUUACAUAGCGUAUUCGAGUGCCAUCGGCGAGGCCUACGGUCGAAAAUACAAAAGUUGCCUGCUCGAAGCGAGCGAGGAACGCAAACAAAUUGAUAGCGAUUCAGUGUUGGAGCGUCGUGAAAUUGUCGAGGCUUCAGAGGCGGUCUGUAGCAGUCUACGUAUGUGUAAUGACUUGAACAACACAUUGGAGCUGUUCAAUUGUCAUACGAAAAUUGGCACAGACAAUACCAAAUCCACAUACAGCAUUUCAGGCAAU